UUUUUUUUUUUUUUUUUUUUGAUUUUCCCCCUCUUUGAUAUAUCUUUCGGCUGGUCCCAUUCCGCUCCUUCUCACCAUGAAGCUCGUUUCACUCCUCAGUCUCGCAACUGCUGCUCUCAGUAGCACCGCUGCUGCUAUCGGUGUCAGCGGAGCCGCUGAAGGUUUCGCCAAAGGAGUGACCGGAGGUGGUUCUGCCACGCCUGUCUACCCCCGUACCAAUGCUGAGCUGGUCUCAUAUCUCGGGGAUGACCAGGCCCGCGUCAUUGUCCUCACCAAGACCUUCGACUUCCGCGGAACCGAGGGCACCAGCACCGGCACUGGAUGCGCUCCCUGGGGUACCGCUGCUGCCUGCCAGGUCGCGAUCAACGCCAACAAUUGGUGUCACAACUACGAGCCCAAAGCUCCUUCGGUCUCAGUGAAAUAUGACAACGCCGGUAUUCUCGGUAUCCUUGUGGCCUCCGACAAGACCCUCAUUGGUGAAGGCGAUGCCGGUGCUAUUGUCGGCAAGGGUAUCCGCAUCGUCAGCGGUGCCAAAAACAUUAUUAUCCAGAACAUUGCCAUCACCGAUAUCAACCCCAAGUACGUCUGGGGCGGAGACGCCAUUACCCUGAAUGACUGCGACAUGGUCUGGAUUGACCACGUUACCACUGCUCGCAUUGCUCGUCAGCAUAUCGUCCUCGGUACCCUAUCUUCCGGCCGUGUCACCCUCUCCAACAACUUCAUCAACGGGGAGUCCGAGUAUUCCGCUACCUGCGACGGCUACCACUACUGGGGAAUCUAUCUCGAUGGCUCCAACGACAUGGUCACCAUGAAGGGCAACUACAUCUACCACACGAGCGGCCGUUCGCCCAAGGUCCAGGAUAACACUCUCCUUCACGCUGUCAACAACUACUGGUACGAUAACACCGGCCACGCCUUCGAAAUCGGCGCCGGCGCCUACGUCCUCGCCGAAGGAAACGUUUUCCAGAACGUUGCCGUUAUUGCCGAGUCCCCCAUUAACGGUCAGGCUUUCACCGUCCCCUCUGUCGCUGCGGGUUCUGCAUGCUCCUCCUACCUCGGCCGCAGCUGCCUGAUCAACGGAUUCGGCAGCUCUGGCAGCUUCAGCGAGAGUGACACCGGCUUCCUCGCCAACUUCAAGGGCAAGAACAUUGCUGCCGCUUCUUCCUACUCCAAGGUUUCUACCAGCGUUCCGGCUCAUGCUGGCCAUGGUCACCUGUAAACGGGUGAAAAUGCCAUGCCGCAUAUUCAAACAGACUCUUUUCAGUGUCUGAGCGGCGGGUGUUUAUAGAUUCUAAUACCAUGUAUUUACUAUCUUAUUUUUAAAAAGCUACCUGUCCCUGCAGAGUUUUUCACCACGCGUCCUUGGUUUUUCGCCUAUCUAUGAGAGGCAGGAGUGAACCCCCACGGGUGAUUUGCAUACAUCAAGAUUCCUAAUAAUACUAAGUUGUUGCUGAAAC